AUGCAGAUCCGGCUCGGCCUGUACCGGACCCCCAAGAGCGCGGAGGCCCACCUCCGGAUGGGGCGGGGCGGGGCCGCGGAGCUCCCGCAGAACGCGGGCCCGCAGAGGACGCGGUGCCCGAGCACGUUCGAACUGGACGUCUUGGAGCGUCUCCCGUGGCUCCGGGAGGGUCAAAACAGCCAGGUUGAGGCGGCGGCGAGCGCGGGCAGGGAGCGCGCGGAGAGCGAGAUGCACCGAGAGGCGGGCGGGUUCUCCCGAGUGCUGUCCAGGACGGAGCAGCCGAAGAGGGCGACGUCGGCCUGGCUCCUGCGCGCUGAAGCGAAGCAUUUCGGUCGAACCCUGGACCUGGCAGGCGCGUGUUUUCAGCCCUGCACGGAGCGCGGCAUGGCGGGUCUGGACGAGGCGUGCCUGUCGAGGAUCCUGAGCUGCUUGAACGAUGUGGGCGGCAGGCUCUGCUGCCGUGCCUGGGCCGCACACAUCUACGGCGCCAUGGGCCUGGAGCACCGGAUCCGCUUCGCCAAGGCGGUGGCGAGGAGCUCGGAGCUGUCCUACCACCACUCCACCGUGCGCGACUUCGGCGGCGUGGAGGAGUGCCUGUCCUUCUCCUUCUGCUUCCGGCAGGGCGGGACGUACUCGCUGCAGUGGUUCCGCGAGGGGCUCACCUCGGACAACGAGCAGCAGCUCGGCCGGUGGAGGGUGGUCGACGACGCGGUGCUCUGCGAGACGGUGGCGCCCAGCUCCCCGCCCGACGAGCGCCUCCUGCGCUUCGCCGGGGCCGGCCGGACCUUCCGGGUGCCCGUGGCAGACGCCCUGCUCGGGACGACGUCGGCGGAGCAGCGGCUGCGGGGCUGGGAGCCCGCGGCGCGCGGGCUGCCCGCGGAGCCGCCCGCGGCGCCGCCCGCGGAGCCGCCCGCGCCCGCGGCGGACGCCGCGGCGCUGGCUGCUGCGCCGGCGCCUCGCCGGGCCCCCGCGGCGGACGCGCCUUCGUGGACGUGGACGGCGAGGCCUGCGAGGUCAGCAGGGACAUCGUGGCCAACUGGCCGCCGAGCGAGUGGGCCCGGCUGAUGCGCUGCCGCCUGCGCUUCGGCACGGGCGCCGAGCGCUGGGCCUGAUGGCGUGGGCGCUGGGCGAAAGUGAGCGUGCUGUUUUUGUUUCCCUCCCCAGGGUAACGGACGCUCGUUACAUACCCCGCAGCCACGGCCUCGCGUGCCGGGGCCCCGGGGCUGCUUACCCUGCGGAUAUGCGGGGCGCCUCUGCGCGGAGAGGCCCCGCGCGGAGAGCGCGGCCGCGUGCGACUCUGCGCAUCCUCCGCGGGAGCCCGCCUCGCCGGCCUCGCAGAGCCCGCGGCGCCGCGAGGGGCGGGCAGAAAGCUGCCGUCCGCCGCCCCGCGCCGAGGCGGCCCGCAACCGCUCGUUGGUUCCAAGAUGGGGUCCCGAGGGAUGGUCGGCUCGGGUAGCAAAUCAUGGGAGCCUUGUGUAUUCUGGGUCUCGUGAUAAGCGUGGGGGGUAUCCCCCCGACGGGGGUCAACCUCGCCUCGUCGUCGCGC